UGCAGAUGGACGACGGUGUUGACAGCACUGACAACACAAGCAGUGAACUGGAUGACAUUCUCCAGCAGAUAGCAGACCUGGAUAAAUGGAGAGAAAUAUUUAACUCUCGCGGGUACGCGCUCUCUGCUGUUUCUCUCAGCUAGCCAAACCUCCAUUUAGUUAACUUACCGUGUGUUUACCGUUGCAGGUUGGAAUUACAGGACUGCGUUGUUAAAGUAAGUAGUCGUUACUUGCAGUUUAGAUUUCUUAAUGUUUUCUAUUUCUUCCGUAGGCUAAAUUUAGACACACAAAAUGCUUUCUUGCAUUUUGUUAGCACUAUUUUUAAGACAUGACGGAUCUUGUGUUCCGUCGGCGCUACUUUUCCAGCGUUAAAUUGCUGUUCUGUGUGCCUAUUCGAUUUGACCGUUGCGGCACAAUCACGCGCAUAUGAGCUUUCCCUUCUAUUCAAUUGCGUUGCGCUCUCCCUAGCUGAUUUGAACGCAAGAACGCAUCUUGUGUUGCUUUCUAAAAUUUAUUUAACGCCCACGUGUCAAAAUGUAGCCUACUUCUUAUGUGUUUAAAUCUGAUAUUUCGAUAACUGAUAGGCCUACUUUAGACACUGUGCUCUCAGGUAGCUGCAUGUAUGUCAUUUCUCAGUCAGCCAAUUAGACGAGCGUAUGCAUGUGCCUUAGUUUUGCUGCCAUCCUCUCACCAACCUUUAGUGGCCUUCAGUUGACUUGUGGAGAGCUGUGUGUUUAGUACGACGUUGACUGCAAGGCGUUUAACUGGGUGCAUUGUUAGUACCAUGUUUGAAAGUGAGCUUUCGUGCAGUGGUACAGUCGUUGUGAAACCCAUCACGACGGACUAUCAGGGCCUUUUGCAAACCAUCAGGACUAACUUGCAGCAUUCCAGACUGAGUUACAUAGAACUUCUCCAAGAAGAUGUGAAGAGAAACAAGGAUAGACCUAUUGAGAAGAUUAAAGCUGAUGAAGACAGUGAAGACUCUUCAAGACCUGCAACCUCUGCCCAGCAUAUCAGUGUACAGAGCAACCUGUUAACAGUGCCUUACUCUAUACCUCAUACCCUUGCAGUGUCUCCAAGUCUGGGUGGGCAACCGCUGUCACCAGAGAUUGCAGUGAAUUUGAGAAAGAUUUUGUUUGGGAAUACCUUCCAUGUAUUCAACUAUGAGUGGAAAAAAUCAUUCUUCAAGUUUCGGGAGCCUUUCUCUGACAUGUCAUACGCCCUAGAGGCAGAGAGGGGGGGAGCCCGUGCAAUUCAGAUGGUGGUUCAGGCUCAUAUUAUUAAAUACUUGCUCUUCGGCCGACAAAUGAACCCAGAGUGCACAAUACAGAGUUUGGUGGAUGUAGGGGAGAAGGAGCAGAGGAAGGCACUGGCAGAUGCACUAACUGACAUCUUGUGGACAGCUGGUGAGGAGCAGACAGCUACUGUCUCCUUGGUUACGUCAGAGCGCUGUUUCACCCCCCAGCUGGACUACAAAAUGGACAGCUUCACAGAGAGGUUGCAACUUUUCACCUUUAAAAAGAAAAAAGAUGUUACAGCAUUUAUAUACGAGCACAUCCAGUGUUUUAAGGAGGAGGGAAGCCAUGGAAUCAUACUUUUUCUGUAUAGCCUUAUCUUCUCCAGGUCCAUUGACAGGAUACGAGCAGACUUCGAUUUCUCUACUACUUAUCUUCUGAAUUUGACAUUAGGGAACUUUGUGUGUCGACAGGCUCUAUUAAACCUGUUGCUGACUGGCCGUGCCAGCCCUAAUAUCUUCAAUGGUACAUUACUUAACGACGAGCACAGCAAACCUCUUGCCCAUCCUCUCCAUGGGGUUCUGACCCGCAGUGAUGUUGGAUAUCUACUUUGGAACAGAGAACAAUUUGACCAUGCCAACCUUCCCCAGGUGGGCAGCAUGCUGAAAACACCCAAGCUUCCUAUCUGGGUGUGCAACAUCAAUGGCACCUACAGCGUUCUGUUCAGCCCAAACCGUUCACUGCUUUCAGACUGGAAGAUGGAGCAUCUCUUUUAUCUCUACUUCUACAAUGGCCAACCAUCUCAGAGCACCACUACCAUGCUCACCAUAGACACACAUUCCCAUCACUGGGAGGCUGGAAAUAAUGACAUUCAGGGAGACCCAGAGAAAAGGUUCCCAUCUGUAGAGAUGACCAUUAGGACCAAAUGGGAGGGAGCUGUUAUCGACUGGAAUGGGACAGUGCCUUUUUUCUAAAAAGGACUGAGCAAUCCAAAAAUAUUUCACAAUCUCAACAUAUCAGCCUGUAACAAAAAACAAAAAAACAAAAAAAAAGAUUGUGUAGCCAACUAUAUGGCAAAAAAAGUAAAAUAAAAUUAUUUUGAUUGACAACAAUAUAGUAAA